AUGGCGGAUUCCUCCGAGUCCCAGAACGUGGCCACCAGUCCUGCCCGUAGCUCUCGGCGAGAUGCCUUCACUUCCAGUCCGGGCAGAGACCUGCCUCCUUUUGAGGAUGAGUCGGAGGGGCUGCUGGGGACCGAGGGGCUCCCCGAAGAGGAGGAGGAUGGGGAAGAGCUGAUUGGGGAUGGGAUGGAAAGGGACUACCGCCCGAUUCCAGAGCUGGAUGUCUAUGAACCUGAGGGCCUGGCCUUGGAUGAUGAGGAUGUGGAGGAACUGACUGCCAGCCAGAGGGAGGCAGCGGAACAGGCAAUGAGGCAGAGGGACCGUGAGCUGGACCGUGGCCUGGGCCGCAUGAGGAGGGGGCUGCUGUACGAUAGUGAUGAUGAAGAUGAGGAUCGUCCUUCCCGGAAGAGGCGGUUGGCGGAACGGGCUGCAGAUGGGGCAGAGGAGGAGGAUGAAGACAUGAUUGAGAGCAUUGAGAAUCUGGAAGACAUGAAGGGACAUUCAGUAAGGGAGUGGGUGUCUAUGGCGGCUCCCCGGCUUGAGAUCUACCACCGCUUCAAGAACUUCCUGAAGACCCAUGUGGAUGACCAUGGGCACAAUGUGUUCAAGGAGAGGAUCAGUGACAUGUGCAAAGAGAACAGAGAGAGCCUGGUGGUGAACUAUGAAGAUCUGGCUGCCCGGGAGCAUGUCCUUGCCUACUUCCUGCCAGAGGCCCCGGCUGAAAUGCUGAAGAUCUUUGAUGAAGCAGCCAAGGAAGUGGUGCUGGCCAUGUACCCCAAAUACGACCGGAUUGCUCAGGAGAUCCAUGUCCGUAUCUCGCAUCUGCCUCUGGUGGAAGAGCUGCGGUCACUCAGGCAGCUGCACUUGAACCAGCUGAUCCGAACCAGCGGCGUAGUGACAAGCUGCACAGGGGUCCUGCCUCAGCUCAGUAUGGUCAAGUACAACUGUAGCAAGUGCAGCUUCAUCCUGGGACCCUUCUUCCAGUCCCAGAACCAGGAGGUGAAGCCCGGUUCCUGCCCAGAGUGUCAGUCGGUUGGCCCCUUUGAAAUCAACAUGGAAGAGACCGUCUACCAGAACUACCAGCGCAUCAAAAUCCAGGAGAGCCCUGGGAAGGUGGCAGCUGGCAGGCUGCCUCGCUCCAAGGAUGCCAUUCUCCUUGCUGACUUGGUCGACAGCUGCAAACCAGGGGAUGAGAUUGAGCUAACAGGGAUCUAUCACAACAACUACGAUGGCUCACUAAACACAGCCAAUGGAUUCCCAGUAUUUGCAACAGUGAUCAUGGCAAAUCACAUUGCCAAGAAAGACAACAGGGUGGCAGUUGGGGAACUGACUGAUGAGGACAUGAAGGUUAUCAUAGGCCUGUCUAAGGAUGAGCAAAUUGGGGAGAAAAUCUUUGCCAGCAUUGCUCCAUCUAUUUAUGGGCAUGAAGACAUCAAGAGAGGCCUGGCCCUUGCCCUGUUUGGUGGUGAACCCAAAAACCCUGGUGGCAAACACAAAGUCCGUGGUGAUAUCAAUGUCUUGCUUUGCGGAGAUCCGGGCACAGCCAAAUCUCAGUUCCUCAAGUAUGUGGAGAAGGUGUCCAGCAGAGCCAUCUUCACCACUGGCCAGGGUGCUUCUGCUGUUGGUCUGACUGCCUAUGUCCAGAGGCACCCAGUCAGCAGAGAGUGGACCCUGGAGGCAGGGGCACUGGUGCUGGCAGACAGGGGUGUCUGCUUGAUAGAUGAGUUUGACAAGAUGAACGACCAGGACAGGACUAGCAUCCACGAAGCCAUGGAGCAGCAAAGCAUCUCCAUCUCGAAGGCUGGCAUAGUCACCUCUCUGCAGGCCCGCUGCACAAUUAUUGCUGCUGCCAACCCUAUAGGUGGGCGCUAUGACCCGUCGCUGACUUUCUCAGAGAACGUGGAUCUGACGGAGCCCAUCAUCUCUCGAUUCGAUGUCCUGUGUGUGGUGAGAGACACGGUGGACCCAGUUCAGGACGAGAUGCUAGCCCGAUUUGUCGUGGGAAGCCACAUCAAACACCACCCUGGCAGCAAAGACGUAGUGAAUGGAGAUGCCCAGGAGAUUAUCCUCCCUAACACCUAUGGCGUGGAUCCCAUCCCCCAAGAGAUCCUGAAGAAAUACAUCAUCUAUGCCAAGGAGAAGGUCCACCCUAAGCUAAACCAGAUGGACCAAGACAAGGUGGCCCGGAUGUACAGUGAUCUCCGGAAGGAGUCCAUGGCCACUGGCAGCAUCCCCAUCACGGUGCGUCACAUCGAGUCCAUGAUCCGCAUGGCUGAGGCCCAUGCCCGCAUUCACCUGCGGGACUAUGUGGUGGAGGACGACGUCAACAUGGCCAUCAGGGUGAUGCUGGAGAGCUUCAUUGACACUCAGAAGUUCAGCGUCAUGAGGAGCAUGCGGAAGACCUUUUCCCGUUACCUGGCUUUCAGACGAGACAACAACGAGCUCUUGCUGUUUAUUCUGAAACAGCUUGUGGCAGAACAGGUGAUGUAUCAGAGGAACCGCUAUGGGGCCCAGCAGGACACCAUCGAGGUGCCAGAGAAAGACCUGGUGGAUAAGGCUCGCCAGAUCAACAUUCACACCCUCUCUGCCUUCUACGACAGCGAGCUGUUCAAGAUGAACAAGUUCAGCCGCGACGUGAAACGGAAGGUGAUCGUCCAGCAGUUCUAA